AUGCCUAGGUGGUUAUCAUCGAUUGUAGAUUUUGUUCAAUGGUUCGGCGUCGAGCCAUCCGACAAGCAUUUUUUACAAGCAAAGUCACUACAUGCGGAAUACACGGAGUCUGGCCAGAAGGAUUUUGGAACUCUCAACCUUUCUCUAGCUAACUUCGAGUUAGCCCUGUGCUAUCGCCGUAGAGGCGAAGACGGACUUGCUCAUCCUGACCUUGAGGCGACUCUCAGCACCUACGCAUCGGUACUCUGGAAGCGCUACGAGAUCACAAAGUCGCUGUUCGAUCUUUACAGGGUUAUCGAGCUAGAUGAAGAGGCCAAGUUCUAUGGGAGAAGGCGGUCGACUCUUCCUCCAGGCCGCUUGACCACACCAAUUCUAUUCCGCAGCAAUAUUACUUCCUCGCAACAAUUUCAGAAGGCAGUACAAAACUACGAAAAGCUGACCUUGGAGACCGAUCUGCGGAAGCAACGGUGUGGGUUUCUGAAGUUGGGCAUCGCCUUUUUAGCCUGGUACGAGCGCAAUGAUGCCGGUACACCGUCUGGGGAACGGAUUAAACGACUCGACAAGGCAUUGAAGUACUUCCAUCAGGCACUGGACUUAGGUGGCAAUGAGAUACUCCCAAACGCAUCUGAAGCCAUGGAUGCCGACCAGAAGGAUGCGAUCCUCCGGAUUGCGGUCGCUUACUAUGUUCGUUAUAAAGAUCGCAAGGACCCGAAAAAUUUGGAUGCAGCAAUUGACUACAAUCGCAAGGCUCGUUCUGCUCUGCAGGUGGACGAUAAAAACUACGCAUACUGCUCAUUCGAUCUGGCCGAACAGCUCUUCACCCUAUAUCAGAGAGUCAGUGGAUCAAAAGAAGAAACCAGGACCACCAUACGAAGUCGGUCCUCUUUGGAUACCGAGAAAGUCAAUGGAGCCAAAUGUUUGGAGGAGGCACGAGAGGUUUUGGAGGAUGUUUUGACAAAGCGGGAAAGUUUAGAGGAAGACUUGGUUGCCAACUGCGACGAUUUGUUGAAAGUGGUGCAGAGGCAUAUCGAUGGUCUCAGUGUCAAAUAA